AUGUACUCCAAAUUCUGGCCCAAGGGCGGCCUUCCGGGAAUCCUCCACCACUUCACAGAAACACUCGUAACCUUCGAAUAUACUACCACUACCCCCUCCCUCUCCCAACCUCACACCCUCCUCUUCGUCGGCGGCCUCGGCGAUGGCCUCGCCACAACAUCCUACAUGGCCGACCUAGCCCGUGCCCUCCAUUCCACUCCCUGGUCCCUCUUCACCCUGAACCUCACAUCCUCCUACCAAUCCUGGGGCCUGGGCCAUCUGGACCGCGAUACCGACGAAAUUGCCCAAUGUAUCCGCUACAUCAAAGACUACAAAGCGGAUAAAUACGGUUCUGCCUCUGCAGCUAGCAGCAAGAUCGUCUUGAUGGGACACUCCACCGGCAGCCAAUGCGUCAUGCAUUACCUAACGCGGCCGAACCCCCAUACCACCAAACCGCCUUUUGAUAAGUACUUGGAGCAUGUGGAACGGUUACCGCUGGACGGAGCUAUCAUGCAAGCACCUGUGUCGGAUCGCGAGGCGAUAUUGUGGGUGUUGGAGAAUGGGUUUGGAGGCAGAUCUUCCCCGGAGUGUAAAGCGGUCUAUGAGAAGCUGGUGAACAUGGCAAAGGAGGCAGAGGAGAAGAGAAUCAGGGAGGGUGGAGAGUUUGAUGUGAUUCUGCCGAUUGAAUUGACUAGCUUCGCCUAUCCGGCUAACACACCGUUGUCGGCGAGGCGGCUGUUGAGUUUAGUGAGUCCAGAUGCUCCGGGUAAUCCUGGGGAGGACGACAUGUUCAGUUCGGACUUGGGGCCGGAGCAGUUGCAGAAGACCUUCGGGAAGGUAAAGAGCGGCGGCUUGUUGGCAGAGAAGGCGAAGUUGAUGGUGCUAUACUCGGGUAAGGAUCAGAGUGUUCCUGACUGGGUGGAUAAGGAGGCAUUGUUGAGGAAGUGGCGGGGGAUCGCAAACGCUGGAUGUGCCGAGGGUGAAGAGAUCUGGGAUGAUGAGCACACUGCCGUCAUUCCGAACGCGUCGCAUGCCCUCAGUAACGAUGAUCAGGCAGAGCCAAGACGAUUCCUUGUGGAAAAGGUCAUGGGACAUUUGAAGACAGUGGUUAACGAGUAA